AUGGAAUUAGUGAAAGCAGAUGAAGCAAAGCUGGAUCUCUGGCUUAUUCAAAUCAAGGAAGGUCUGCAAUUUCAGGACGAACAAGAAGAAGAAAAGGACAUAUGUGUAUCCGUUUUUGGUGUACCCAAGGAGCUGUUGACAGUGAAGCCAGAAGCAUAUAUUCCGCAGUGUGUUUCCAUUGGACCAUAUCACCAUUGGAAAUCCCAACUGUUCGAAACGGAGAGAUACAAAGUAGCUGCUGCACAAAGAUUUGCGAAGACCAUAACCGGUAAGUUCGAAGCUGUAGUGGAAGAGGUGAAGAAGUACGACUGGCAAAUCAGGAACUGCUACCAGAAAUUUCUUGAGUUUAAGGAGGAACCCCUUGCAUGGCUCAUGGCUCUGGACGCGUCGUUCGUGCUCGAGUGCUUGCAGUUCUACGUCAAACGAGCGGAUCGCACUUCUUCGCAAGUGUCAUCCCAGGUGAUGCGAUUGGGCAGAGUUUUAGAUACAACUCGCAGAAGUGCAACCCACAAUGCAAUUAUGAGAGAUCUGAUGAUGCUCGAGAAUCAGUUCCCUUUGUUCCUCUUGCAGAAGCUGCUGGAAAUGCAGUUGGGUUCUCAAGAUAAGGCGGAAGAAAGUCUCUGCAAUCUGGUGACUGUCGCCUGUGAAGAAUGGUCGCCAUUUAUGUUGAAGAUGCGGGAUAGUUCAAGGCUGCAUAUAAAGGAGAGUGGUCACAUAUUGGAGGUGCUAUACCACUCUAUUGUCCCUUCGGUAGCCAUCGAUGAUACCAUUUUUAAGAAGAACAAAGAGGGGAAUGUACCCUUGCCUGAUUCAACCUACUUAACGUGUGCUCUGAAAGCUUUAUGGAAGGCUCUCUCCUCCUUAAGAAUCAGUGUUGUUCAACUUGUCUCGGCACUCUCUGAGCGUGUCCUAAAAGGAAAGCCUGUCCAGUUGGUGACACAGUUGUCUACAAAUCUUGUUUCCGCUUUUGAAACUCUUUCAAUUAAGCGUAAAGAUGAAAAGGAAGAGGAAGAGGAUGAGGAGAGUGGAUAUUCCUCAGUGGAAACUCCUCCAACUCGCGACGAACUAGAGAUUCCUUCCGCCUCUGAUUUAUAUUCAGCAGGAGUAAGAUUCCUUCCGACCGAGGGCGGCCUUACCACAAUUCGCUUCGACCAGACCAGUGCAAUUCUUUAUCUUCCCAAAUUGAGGCUGGAUUGCAACACAGAAGUAAUUCUCAGAAAUCUGGUGGCGUUCGAAGCUUCGGCCCCUCCUCGUGCUUUGAUUUUCACUCGCUACACUGAUUUCAUGAACGGCAUCAUCGACACAGUCGAAGAUGUUCGGCUGCUGAGGAAGAGCAAAAUUAUCUACGAUCACCUGGAAGACGACGGGAAAGUGGCAAGCCUGUGGAACGGCUUGGGUAAAUAUGUCAAAUUGACAAAAGUUAAAUAUUUGGACCAAGUUAUAGCAGAUGUGAACAAGCAUUAUAACAGCAGAUGGAGCGUUGCUGCGAAGAAGUACGUAAACAAAUACAUAUUUGGUUCGUGGCAGCUCCUGACUGUUGUGGCCACGGGGAUACUUCUGCUUCUGACUUGCUUCCAGGCUUUUUGUUCUGUGUACGACUGUAAGCGCGGAGCGAAAGUAAUCUUUUGCAGGACUGAGCCAAUCAGAAGAGUUCUAUCUUCUAAUUACCGCUGCUGA